AUGAAGGUGAUAAUAUUUCUUGGAAUGUUGUUCCUGAUGGUUUCAUGUAGUCAAGCCAUAUCAAAAAAAGAUUUGAUUGAGAGUUUCAGUUUAGAAGAAAGAAGGCUAAUCCAAAACAAUGAACAACCACAUGAGCUUAAUGUUACUACUACAAGAUAUCGAAUGGGAGGACGUAGAAGGCUAGCAGGAUUUGGAGGAGGAAUGGGAGGAGGGGGACGAAUGGGAGGUGGAGGAAUGGGAAAAGGUGGAAUGGGAGGAGGUGGAGGAGGAGGAAAGGGUGGAGGUGGUAAGGGAGGAAAGGGAGGAGGUGGUAAGGGAGGAAGAGGAGGAAGGGCAGGUCCAGCGGCGGGUGGAGCGGCAGCUGGAAUGAUCGGAGGUGGACUUGUUGGCGGUGCAAUUGUCAAUCACAAUAACAAUAACGGGAAGAAUGACUCUUCUAGUUCUGCAACAACAUUAUCUGCAUGGGCUCAUUUUUUUGUGUCAAUAUUGAUUUUAUGUGUGAGCUUUUGGAUUUGA